AUGAAACAAAAAAUUCACAAGCCAAAUAUUUGUGAAAAAUUUAUUGAGGAAUUAAGGCAAGUCAAAUGUUACAAAUAUUUGACAUUUGAUGAUGAGGUUCGUUUGAUGCAUUCUCAUGGACAUUGUUGUCAAGAGAUUUAUCAAUUAAGAUUUGGAAAGUUCAAGAGAUUGGUCGAUGUUGUAAUCUAUCCAAAUUCUCAUGAACAUGUCGAGAAGAUUGUGUCACUUGCCACUAAAUAUUCCAAUGAAUUGACAUUAAUUCCAUAUGGAGGAGGAACGAACGUUACACAAGCUUUACUCUGUCCAGAAAAUGAAACAAGAAUGAUUGUCUCAGUUGACCUUCAAGAAAUGAACAAAAUUUUAAAUGUUGACAUGACCUGUCACACUGCCACCAUCCAAUCAGGUGCCAUUGGUAUUGAUCUCCAACAAGAACUCAAACAAAAAUACAAUCUGACACUAGGUCACGAACCAGACAGCAUUGAAUUCAGUUCUCUUGGCGGUUGGAUUGCAACUCGUGCAUCAGGAAUGAAAAAGAAUGAAUAUGGAAAUAUCGAAGAUAUGUUGGUAAAUGUCAAGAUUGUCACUCCAAAGGGAACUUGGUUUCUUCCAUGUAAUGUUCCACGAAAGUCAACUGGACCAGAUUUGAUGCAGCUAUUUAUGGGAUCUGAAGGAAUUUUGGGAAUUGUGACAGAAGUGACAUUAAGAGUAAGGAAAUGUCCUGAAUGUCAAGUUUAUGGCUCUGUGUUGGUUCCUGAUUUUGAGGCAGGAGUUGCUUGUCUUCAUGAAGUUUCGAAUAGAAGAGUUGCUCCUGCUUCGAUUCGUCUAAUUGACAAUUCUCAAUUUCAGUUUGGUCAAUCACUAAAACCUAAACAAGAAAGUAAGCUUGAAGGCCUUAGUGAUUGGUUUAAGGGAUUGUACGUUACUAAGGGUUGUGGAUUUGAUAAGGAAAAGAUGUGUGUCAUUACUUUAUUAUUCGAAGGAAGUCAAUCUGACAUUGACAGGCAACAGAAAAUUAUUUAUGACAUAACUGCUAAAUAUGGAGGACUUGUGGCAGGUGCUGAAGCUGGUUAUCGAGGUUAUUUACUGACCUAUGUCAUUGCGUAUUUGAGAGAUUAUGGUUUCAAUUAUUAUUUCAUGUCAGAAAGUUUUGAAACUUCAGCUCCUUGGUCAAGAGUCGUUCCAAUGAUCAAGAAAGUAGAAGAAAGAGUCAAAGAAAGUGCCAAGCAACGAAAUGUUCCAACACCAUGGGUUUCGGCUCGUGUCACUCAAGUAUACGAAACUGGUGCCUGUAUCUAUUUCUAUUAUGGAUUCAUCUUUAGAGGAUUACAAGAUCCAAUUAAGGCAUUCUCAGAGAUUGAAGCUGAAGCAAGAGAUGAAAUCUUACUUCAAGGUGGAAGUUUAUCUCAUCAUCACGGAGUUGGAAAGCUCAGAAAGGAAUGGAUGAGUCAAGUGCUCCUUGAUGCAAUCAAUUGA